AUGCUGUUCUGCCCGACAUGCUCGAAUAUGCUUAUCAGCGCAAUGGACGAGGAGACGACCAACAACAAGUGGACGUGUUCCAUUUGCCCGUACCAAUUCCCGAUGACCAAGCAGUUCAAUACGCGCCAUAAGCUCAGACGUAAGGAGGUUGAUGAUGUGCUAGGUGGAGAGGAGACAUGGAAGAAUGUCGACCAGACCGAUGCCGAAUGCCCGAAAUGCUCGAACCUCAGAGCUUUCUUCAUGCAGAUUCAGAUCAGAAGUGCGGACGAGCCGAUGACGACGUUUUACAGAUGCACGAAUGCGAAAUGCGCGAAUCAAUGGAGAGAAGGAUAG